AUGUCCGGUCAGCAAUCGCGGCAAAGUGGGUUUGCGGAGCAGCGGCAACGGGAAGAGGAGUAUAGGCAGCGCUUUGAAAUGCUGUCGCGCUUGCAGCUGCAGCAGCAGCAGGAGCAUCAGCAGCAGCAGCAGCAGCAGCAGCAACAGCGGCAGCAGCAGCGGCAGCAGCAGCAUCAAGAACAGCAGCAGCACCACCACGAGCAGCAGCAGCAGCGCGAGCAACAGCAUAAUGAUUCCCCCCCAUCACCGUCCAUUUCCCCAUUUCCUUGUUCUUCCCCGUCGCACACGCCACAAGAAUCAACCAAUAACAUUGCGCCACGUGUCUCGGCCCAGUCUCCGCUGCUUGAGCUCGCAUGCGCCUGUCCGCAUCCCCUUGCGCAUGCGUCAGCAAGGGCGCAGCAGCCGCCCGUUGCAGCAGAGGAGGCUGUAGCGGGGCAGUUUGUAGCGGGACAGGCUGUCGCGGGGCAGGCUGCGGCGGGACAGCUUGUAACGGGGCAGCUUAUAGUGGGGGAGAGAGAGGUCCUUGCGACCAGCGCAGUUGGCAGGGGGGUAGAGGGAAGCGCGGAGGGCACUUGGGGGAGGGCGGGUGGCGCUGGGGGGAAUGCGCACUGCGUAGGCGCGAAUGGGGGGGGUGCGGGGGGGAGAGACGAGGGCGCGCGGUUCUGGGAGAGCUAUGUGGCGGAAAGGGCAGUGGCGGCGGGGGAGAUGGCGCAGCGGAAUUGGGGGGAGGAGGGGAGGGGGUGGUGGGGGUGCAUGUGGCGGUUCUUGAAUGAGAUUGCUGAUGAUUGGCGGGACGAAUCCAGGCUUGUGGUGAUGGUGGAGCGAUACAAGGUCGCAGUGGACUGCUUCUUUGCAGUCUGGUUUGUGCUCGGCAACAUCUGGGUCUUUGGUGCCAACUCCGCCGCCCAGGCCGCUCCGAUGCUGUACAAUCUGAGCGUGGUGUUUCUGACGCUCAGCUGUGUGAGCUACGCCAUGCCCUUCCUCCUCUGCGCCACCAUCUGCUGCUGCCUGCCCUGCAUCAUCACGCUCAUGGGCUUUGAUAACGAUAUCGCCUCCAUUUCUCCAGCUUCUAAGGGUGCUGCUCCUGAUGAGAUUGCCUCACUGCACUGCUUUAAGUAUAAGGAGCUUAAGAGGAGGAGGAAGGGGGGGGGUGGGAAGGGGAGCAGCAAGGGGAGUGUGGGCAGUCAGGAAGAGGAGAGCACACUGAGCGCUAGAGCCUACAGCAGUGCCAGCAGCAGCAGCAGCAGCAGCAGCAGCAGAAGGGGCAGGAGCAGUGAGGUCAUUUGCAGCAGUGGUGUGGGUGGGGGGGAGAAGUCGGAUAGUGACUCCUCGUCGGAGGAGGUGGGGCUGCUGUGGGCGGGCACGGACAAGGAGCGAGUAGUGCAAGGGGAGGAUGCGGUGUGCUGCAUCUGCCUGGGGCACUACAAGGACGGGACGGAGCUGCGGCAGCUGCCCUGCAGCCACCACUUCCACCAAUCCUGUGUUGACACCUGGCUGCGCAUCAACGCCAGCUGUCCGCUCUGCAAGGUCGACAUCAGUGCGCGGCCCAAGGAGGCUGUGGAUCCUGGUGAGGAUUUGAUCUGA